AGAUCAGAUCAGAUCAGAAACAUUCAGAUCAGAUCAGAAGCAUUCAGAUCAGAUCAGAUCAGAUUAGUUCAGAAAUAUUCAUACCAAAUUGGAAGCAUUAUAUUAUUAUCUAUUAUACAUAUUACUAUUACUAUUACUCCCUCCGUCCCGGAAUUAUCUUCAUUCUUUCCUUUUCGGUCCGUCCCAAAUUUAUCUCCUUUUUCCCUUUUUGGUAAAGAAUAUGUGGUUCACAACCAUUCUUACACAUUUCUCUCUCCUCUGCAUAACUCUCCACCACACAAAUCCCACUAUCUUAAAACUCGUGCCCGGUCAAAACAGGAGUUAAAUAUGGGACGGAGGGAGUACUAUUAUUACUAUUAUUAUUGUUAUUUUUUAUAAUACUUAUUAUUAUUAUUAUUAUUAUUAAUAUAAGGGAUAAAGACCAAAAAUGACAUUAAGGUUUUUAGCGAAUCUCGGAUUAGACACUAACGUUUUAAGUAGACCAAAUAAACACAAAAUUAUAGUUUUGGAGUCCAUUUAUACCACCCUUUAACGCUUCCGUUAUCCUUCCCCGCCGUUACCCAAAAGCUCUUCCUCUUCGUUACCCAAAAGCCCUUGCCCACCUCAAUCCCCGUUGUUCCCCGUCGCUCUGCCUUACCCCCUUGCCCACCCCAAUCGACCUUGUCCAUCCAACCACUGUCUUGCCCUUGCCAGCUCCCCAGCUCCAGAUCCGAGCUGAGCAGCCAACCCCAUAUCCGCACUCCCUAGCUCGAACUUCGACCAACCAUCCCCAGCCUCCCAAACCAGCCCCCACCCGAGCCCCAACCUCCUCGCAACCCCCUCUCAGUCUCGUAGCGCUUGUCACCUGCCAAGCUGUCGGCGAGAUCCUAUAGAUCAAACGGAGCACGACCAUAUCUAGAUCUUUGCCAUAGACGUAGAGAUGAAACGAUGGUAAGGCAGAGCGGCGGCUUUGACGGCAAGGCGGGGAGGCGGCUUCGACGGCAAGGCGGGCGGCGGCUUCGACGGCAAGGCGGCGCGGCGACGAGGUGGAGCGGCGACGAGGCAGGACGAUCGACCUCCAUUGUUGCUUUCUCUCCUUAAUCCCGAUCCUUGCCAUUGUUGUCUGCUCCAAGGUUUACUUUGGAGCACAUCGGGCCUUUGGGGUGGAAGCGUGCCCACCUCAUUCUAUUGGUGCCGCUGAUGACACUUAUUUGGUACGGUCCGUCAUCGAAAAGCACGGUUGGGAAAAUGCUAACGCAAGGCGGUCGCAAGCUAUCACGGAGGAGGGAGAGUAGGGGAU